GGUUUUGACAGUUCGAAUAAUUUUAUUAAACUUGUGCAAUAUUAAAUAAAAACAAUUUUUAUUUAAAAUGAUCAACGUUGUGCGAAAGUUUGAAUUAAAUUUAAAAAAUGUAGCAGGAUUAAUUCAGAAAUCCCAAUAUUGUCAAACAUCAAUUGAUGAUACUGGAGAAUUUAGGGUCUUAAAUUUAAAAGGUCUUAGAUCUCAAAGGGCAGCCAGAAGGCAGUUUAAAAAAGCAGAAGUUAUGCCUCCAAGGUCUAAAUCAAUGCCAGUAGAUCAGGAUUGGGGUAAUGUUUGGCCUGGACCUAAAACUUUUCAUCCUGCUAGUGUACCUCUGCCAUUGCGGCAAGGUUUUGUACCAAAGGGGCAAGCACCACCUGGGAAAUUUGGAAAUGCAGAAUUGAUGAAAAUUCCAAAUUUCUUGCACUUAACACCGCCUGUUAUAAAAAGACAGUGUGAGGCAUUAAAACAGUUUUGCACACAGUGGCCAAAAGGUUUAGAAUCUGAAGAAAAACAAAAUAAACAUUUUCCUGUUACAGUAAUUAGUUCUGAUUAUUGUCACAGCGGUCCGACUAUAAGAAAUCCAUUAGGUAGAAUUGUUACUUUGAAGGUCAAAUUAUCGGAUUUACCACUAGACAAGCAUGCUCGGGAUAAGUUUUUACGGUUAGUUGGUGACAGACACGAUCCUGAUACAGAUAUAUUAACAUUAGUAGUUGAUAGAUGUCCACUGAGGAAACAAAAUUAUGACUAUGGCAUGUAUUUGCUGACAGCUUUGUUCCAUGAAUCUUGGGUCACUGAGCCUUGGGAAGCAGAUAAAUCUGAGGCGGAUAUGGAAUAUUACGAUUGGCAAAAUAAUGCAUCCAGAAAAUCAGUAAUAGCAAUUCAUAACUUUGGACAAGAUAAAAUUGAAGAAUCAUUAAUACCAAAUAUAGUCUCUUAUAGUGAAGCGGUAUCAAAUAUAAUGAAUCAUGGGGAAAAUGAUGCAUCAAUAUUAAAAUACAAAGAGGAAGUAAAAAAGAUGUUUAAUUUGUAGUUUGCUACAAUGAAAAUUGAAUAAAUAUUACUUUAAUUAUAGUUGAAAAAAGAAACUUUUAUUAACUUAAGAAUC